AUGUCUGAGGAUCGUUUGGAAGCCCUCGAAAAAGAAAUUGGUGCCCUUAAGGCAAUAGUUUCCAAGCAAAAGGAUCUGCUUGCUAAAACAGGACAACAAGUUUUAUCCUUACAAGUGAAAAACACAAAACAACAAUUGGACGCCAUUCCGCCACCUCCAUCACUAACGCCUGCCAUUGACACUUCGGACUUUGCAACUAACGAGGACUUGGUUCAACUUGUGGGCGAGCUACAGGGCCAAUUGGACAUUCUUGAAGAAAAAAGUGUUUUACGUGGUAUCAAUGUUCGUCAAGAUAACGAUGAUGAUUUGAUUGUUCCAUUACCCAACGUUGAUGGCGAUUUACCAUCUUCGGAUGUGUUUACCAAAACCGUUGCAGAAUUCAAGGCCAUCUCGGAUGACACUUUGAUUGAACUGUGUCGGUUUUAUCAAUUGUUACCACAGACAGCAGAACUCGAGGCCCGUAUUCAGGCGUUUGUUGAUGGAGAAAUCUCAAAGGAAGAGUUGGAUCGUAAGGAUGACUUCCAUCCACCUGCACAUGACUAUACCCAAGAACAAUUAAACGGGUACUUCAAAGACUUGGCGGAAUUUCUUGGUGUCUCCCAUUUAAAGAGAGAGGUUUGA